UAAAUUUGUUAGGAUUCUGAAAUGCAUCACACUCGAAACCCUACCUUAUAAAAAUUAUAUUUCAACUUAUGCAGCUGCAACCGGGUCCACUCACGUCCUACAUGUUUACCAAUCUUCUGUGACCAUGCAGCAGCCAAGUUUCUUACAGAACUCCGCCUAUUUUGUUUAAUAAUGUUGCUUAAUUGCCGAAUAUCGCGGUCGGAAAUCACUGAUUUUCGACCUCCCACGUGCUCUUUUGGCAAAAUCUGUCCAGUUUCGUUAUAAUUUCUAAUUAUACUUUGCACCGUAGGAGUUGGAACAUUAACUUCUCUUGCAAUUUCGCGAUAACUUUUCUUAAAUUUGUAUUUAUCAAUAAUAAAUUCACGAAUUUCUUUGCAAAGGGCUUUUCCGCGUGCCAUUAUGAAAUUCAAAACUGAACAAACUGCUCGCCAAUAAUGCACAAACUGAUUACAAGGUCACGGCGUGCUAUAAAAUUGAAUUUUUUAACGAUACCCCUUACAAAGCUUACUGUAUGAAGCAAAAGUGGUCGCCUUUGUUUUCUUAAUAUUAACAAGUCUUUUCGAAAUAAGAUGAUAUUUCUUUUAUACGUAGAAAAAUUUAAUUUUUCUUAGUUUGUUCUAAAACUGAUAAAUCGAGCUAUCUAAGAAAACAUAAUUAGCUUAUAAAAAGAUCCAUAGCCUACUUAUGAAAAAUCUAUAAAAAUAGCGGUGUACAAAAAUGUCCAAGUGUAUGAAGUAAUAGUGGUUAGGGCAAGUAGUCGAGGAAAAACCUGUUCUUACAGCUGACAGCUGCUGCUGUUGCUUCAACGAAGAAAAAUAGCUGACAAGUACGCGGAUUUUGUGCAUUAAAUGGCAUAAUUCAACCUGCAAAUUACUUUUAUGAACGAACCCUUCCAACAACUACAGAAAAGACCACUAAUCCCAAAAGUACCACAUUUGGGUAAAAAUUUCUAAUUGAUAAACAGCUUAAAAGGGUACUAAAGUAUUAUCUGUACCCCGUACGUGUGCGCGUGAAAUAGGGCGGCAAAAACGCCGAAACCAUAAACGGAUAUGGAAGUGCGGGGGAAAUGUCGCUGGAAAGCUAAUCAAAAAACCCAAAAGCAACUGCAAGAGAAACAACAAGAACUGCAGCCACAACAAACAACACAACAACUACUUCAACUAGCCCAACGGAAAUGCCACCAAAAGCAAAGCGAAAGAACGAACCACCUACGACUACAUAAAACUCAAAACCAACAACUAGAACAAAACCCACACCACACAAGGCCUAAACCUUCUAUCAUCACACAACAACAGCCGAAAACACUGCAACACACAUACAGCACCAAUGAGCGACAGCAGCAACAGCAACAGCAACAACAGAAGGAGUGCCAACGAGAGCCCAAACUAUCGCCCAUCUAUCAUCAUCGAUGGCCAAUGCUACCGUUGCUCCUGACGCACACACCCACCAAAAUACACACGCCAUCGGCAAAGCCUACACGCACAUCAACAAAUCCAAAUGUGGUCAAUAAGAUUGGACGCUUCACUGCAGCUGCCACUUCCUGUAGCAUAGCAAUUGUAGCUGUGACGAAAACAAAAACCCUUUCGAAAAUCGUGUGCGGUUGUAUGAAACGACUUACUUGGCUAUGGUUGCUGGCGCUGCUCGGCACUGCGCAAUUUACGGCAACAGCUCCAACCCUCGCAGCGACAAGUACAGCUGCAGCUGCCAUAGGCGUACUGCUUGCGCCGAAACUACUGCCACAUGUGAUGUUCACCACCACCACCACCAGCACCAGCGCCGCCACCGCCGUCGCGACUGCCGCAGCAAUUCUGGCUCACGCAUCCGCUGCACAUGCGGCCAUCAUUGCCGCUGAUCACAGCACCGCGACCAGCAGCACUAUUGAGCCGCGUCUAAGGCGCUACAAAUUUCCCAUUGGGGAAGCAGACGUGGCGGAAAUGGUUGUUGACCCUAAUGCAGAUGCAGAUGCGGAUGCGCUGGUGCAGGUGCAGGUGAAGCGCAUUUACUUGUUGGAUAAUGAAGGGGAUGAUGAUGCGGCGUCACCGCCGGCACCCUCCAAUGACGAGUUUGACGAAGCAGAAGAAGAGGUGGUGCCAGCACAGGAAGCAUUGUACGCAGAUGAAGAUGAGGAUGAAACUGAAACUGAACAGCUGGUGCAGCAGGCGUCCAACCGAAAGUUGAAUAGCAAUGAACAACAGUGGCUAGUGUUCUAUAGACGCGUGCAACAUGCUACUGAGCAAGAGGCACAGACACAUCAGAAGCCACAACGCCAACAAUCUGCCACCCAUCGUAAUUACCAACACGACGAUGGUGGUCGUGAAUUAUUGCCUAACAUUCGCGAUCAUUCCAAGCUGGACGAUGUUGGCGUAGCGUCCACAAAAACCGAUGCGACUGCGUUGCUCACUGACAGUGAGUUAGCGGAUAAUUUGGAGCACAAACACGUUACCAAACGCAGUGCAACAACUAAACUGUCAUCGACGACGGUCGCCCCAACUAGCGGUGCGCCAGUAGAAGUAAUUGUGGGCUCUGGUAAAGCUACGAGUAACGUAACAGCGGCAGCGGACAGCACUGUGGAGGAAAAGUGCGAGCCAAAGGUGCUCGAUGAGGUGCCACCCGAACCGGUUGUAGCUAUGAAAAGCCUCCUUCAAAAUGGUGGAGUAGUAAAAAACCUUAAAAAUAUUUUGAGCACAGCCAUUACUGCAGACUACAACUUAUAUGGAAUACAUGGCAAGAAGAGCCUUAAAGACGUCUCAAAUUUUUAUGCUGCUCUGAAGGCAUCUAUUGUGGCCCCAGCAGGAAAAAGUGUGGAAGAUCAGCUGCGUCACGCCAUUCAAAAUCAAAAAAAAAAGAUACUUCAAGUCCUUAGCAACAGCCAAGAGCGAUUAGUGUUUCUAAUAUUUUUAUGCAGUUUUAUUGGGUUUUUGUUUUGAUAGUGCAUUUUGAAUUCCCGGCACAUAAUUUAAUAUCCAAGUUAAUUUAAUAUUUCGAUUAUAAAAAUAUUGUUAUCAGCGGUUCGCGUUUGAAAGGAAAUCAAAAAUAUGUAAAAUAUGUAAUGUAAUAUUUUAAUAUCACAAAGGUACUUCAAGUGCUUAUCAUUAGCGAAGACCGAUUAGUGUUUGUAAUACUUUUUUACAACUUCAUUAACUGAUUUUUUUAUAGUGCAUUUUGAAUUCCCGGCACAUAAUUUAAUAUCCAAGUUAAUUUAAAAUUUCGAUUAUAAAAAUAUUGUUAUCAGCGGUUCGCAUUUGAAAGGAAAUCAAAAAUCCAUGUUACUCAAAGUUUCAAACUCUGUAACAAAGUUACAAUUUGAAUAAUAACGCAUGUAUUUCAUAUUAAAAAAAAUGAGCAACAUCGUCAGCAAAACGAAAUUAUAAAAAUUAACGAGAAUUUGUAG